AUGCUCUCCCCAAUCUUCUUCCCUUCCUUUACAUGCCUAGCCCUAUCCCUCCUCCUUGCCAACAUAGCAGCCAGCACACCCACCGAUCAAGACGAGCCCCAACUCCUCUCCAACAUCUCCAUCUCCUUCGAUGCAGAUGAUAUCUUCUCCCUUCCCCUAGUCCUCUCCGGCGAGAACUCAACCCUGAAUACACGCGCCCUGGAAUGCAAAAUCGGGUACAGCGAAUGCGCAUACGACACAAGCCGCUGCUGUCGGAUCGGCGGGAAGUGCUGCGGGAACGGGUACUGUGCCUCGAUAGGCGACACGUGCUGCGCUGGUGGCGGGACGUGUCCGCUCGGGUAUAAGUGCUGCGGGACGACGGGGUGUGCGCCGCUCGGUGCGCAGUGCUGUUCCGGGGGUUACUACUGUCGGGUCGGGAGGACGUGUCGGAUCUACAGGGGAGAGAAGGUUUGCUGUGCGCUGACGGGUUGUGCUGGGGAGUAUGAUGGGGUUGCGGCUGGGGCUACGCUUACGGCGACGGAGGUUGAGACUGCUACUGCUACUACUACUGCUACUGCGGGUUAUGUUGCGGUUGAUUGGGAUUAUUAUUAUACGACUGUCUACUGGACUUAUUGGUUCUAUUACUGGACUUCUUAUUCCCCAUACACUGUUCAGACGGUCACUUCUACAACUACGAGUACUUACACAGUCUGGUCUGUUUAUGCGACAAACAGUGCCGAGGCGACGUCUUCGCUUAGCAGCAAGUCGUCUCGUUACUCGUUCACGACUCCUUUCUCGGCGACUUCCCUUAAGAGCUCGACAGAGCCUGUCACGUUGUGGUCGGCUGUCACUGCUACGGCUACUACCUCGUCUGGUUCAACAGAUGGAGGGGUUGCAGCUGGUCCAAUCAUGAAAGUAGGUUCUGCAGCAAGUGUGGGUGUCAGUGGGACUGGCAUCCUGGCUGCUGUCCUAGCUGCUGCGAUUGGUGGAUUGGCCUUUGGGCUGUGA